GAGAGAGCAACACUUGUCGCCAACACAGACGCCACCAGCUCUGCUCUGCCUGCCUCUUGACCUAAAACAGAGCAUCCAAGAGGAGGCAGAGAGAGGUAGAAGAAGAAGAUGGCGCUCCUCCUUGUGCUGGUCGGUGUUGUGGUCGGCGUGGUGCUGGCGAGCAGCCUGCUGCUGCGCUGGAACGAGAUGAGAUACGGCCAGAGGAGGAAGCAGGGGGUUGGCUGCCUGCCGCCGGGCACAAUGGGGUGGCCGCUGUUCGGCGAGACCACCGAGUUCCUCAAGCAGGGGCCCUCCUUCAUGAAGCACAGGAGGCUCAGGUACGGGAGGCUGUUCCGGACGCACAUCCUUGGGUGCCCCACGGUGGUGUGCAUGGACCCGGAGCUCAACCGCCGGAUGCUCCUGCAGGGCGAGGCCGGCGGCCUGGUGCCGGGCUACCCGCAGUCCAUGCUCGACAUCCUCGGCCGCAACAACAUCGCCACCGUGCACGGCCCGCUCCACCGGGUCAUGCGCGGCGCCAUGCUCGGCCUCGUUCGCCCCGCCAUGCUCCGGCAAACCCUCCUCCCCAAGAUCGACUGCUUUAUGCGCGACCACCUCCAUGGCUGGGCCGGCAGCGUCGUCGACGUCCAGGCCAAGACCAAGGAGAUGGCCCUGCUAUCUGCACUCCGGCAGAUUGCCGGCAUCACCGCUGGCCCGCUCUCUGACGCCCUCAAGACAGAGCUAUACACGCUUGUGCUCGGCACGAUCUCCUUGCCAAUCAACAUUUCGGGGACCAGCUACUACCAAGGGCUCCAGGCUAGGAAGAAGCUUGUGUCCAUGCUAGAGCAGAUGAUCGCGGCGCGGCGGUCCUCUGGUCAAGCUCACGAUGACAUGCUGGAUGCUCUCUUGAGAAGCGGCGAUGACGGGACCAGGGAGAAGCUCAGCGACGAGCAGAUCAUUGACUUGCUCAUCGCCCUCAUCUACUCUGGGUACGAAACCAUGUCGACCACUUCGAUGAUGGCCGUCAAGUACCUAUCAGACCAUCCGCGGGCCCUCGAAGAACUCAGGAGAGAGCAUCUUGAUAUCAGGAAGGGGAAAUCGCCGGAGGAAGCCAUCAGCUACGAAGAUUUUAAGUCCAUGGCCUUCACUCGAGCUGUCAUUCUUGAGACGCUGAGAUUAUCUACAGUCGUGAAUGGGCUGCUGAGGAAAACCACCCAGGAUGUGGAAAUGAAUGGGUAUGUCAUUCCAAAAGGGUGGAGAAUCUAUGUUUACACAAGGGAGAUAAACUACGAUCCGUUCAUGUAUCCUGACCCGAUGACCUUCAAUCCAUGGAGAUGGCUGGAGAAGAACAUGGAAUCACACCCACACUUCAUGUUGUUCGGAGGAGGCGGCCGGAUGUGCCCUGGAAAGGAGGUGGGAACGGCAGAGAUCGCAACUUUCCUGCACUAUUUCGUGACCCAAUACAGAUGGGAGGAAGAAGGCAAGAACACGAUCUUGAAGUUCCCCCGUGUGGAAGCUCCGAACGGGUUGCAUAUCCGAGUUCAAGAUUACUGAUUUUGCAAUGUACAUUUUGCAGAGUUUAGAUAGAUGACGAUGACAGCACAAUUCUGCGCUGAUGAAAAUACUAGAUCAGUCUUUUAAGAAAUAUGAAACAUAGCCACAUAAGGAUAGAAGUAGGUAUAACAGAUUUGCUAGGUAAUUGAAGCACAAGGAAGGCCACAAGAUUCACCUGGUCGGCAGGUGCUACGCACGACAGAUCUUCCAAGGACUUCAAGCUGUGUCGGCUGGUGAUACUUGGCAGCAUGGCGCUGAGGUGUAUCAGUGGCGACCGCGACGUGUUCAGCUGUUUGCGCGCAGGGAGGAGGUGUCGUUUGGCGCCGUGGUGGCGUCGACAUUAGCUAGACCGAGCAAGGUUGAUGCAUCAGGACAGUUCUGAAGAUGGAGCGGUGGCAGUUGGCGGAGGCGGCAUCUGAGUGCACGCCGGACCGGUGAGACCCAUGCCUGGCGGGCGUCCUGGAUGGGUUCUCAGGUCUUAGAUGUUAGGUUUGGCUGCGAUGUCUGUUUGGUAUUAGGCCCAGGCUAUCUGCGCCCCUUCAUCAGCGGGAUAGAGAUGAUUAGACGGCGGCUUUAGUCUUACUGUUGUAUUACUUUGUAAGGUCUUAUGAGAAUAAUUAA